UUCUUGGCAAAAUUAGCCCAGGAAAAGGUAGGCUUUCCAUGCGUUAAUCGCCUGCAACGACAAACCCAGGAAUAAACCGUCUUUUCCGGUACAGCCAGCCAACGAGCUCUCGGCCUGCCUCUAUAAAUACGAGCCACAGCCCAAGCCAGCUCUAGAAACCGACGCAGAAGCAACAGCGGACGGAUACAAACGCCUCAAGGUCUCAAGAGAAAGAGAACAUGGCGGCCAUCUCCUCCACCUCCUACUUCUCCUCGCAGCCGCAGCUGCCGGCGUCUGACGGCGCCAGCCCUGCCACCACCAGAAGAAGCAGCAGCAGCAACGGCCGGCAGCCCCGGAGGCGGCGGGCCGGCAGGUGCGUCAUGCUCGAGGCGGACGCUGCCUCUGGUGGUGGUGGUGUUGGUGGCGGCGCGGUGGCGGGGAGGGCGAGGAGCCUGACGGAGGAGGACCUGGAGGAGCUCAAGGGCUGCCUCGACCUCGGCUUCGGCUUCUCCUACCAUGAGAUACCGGGCCUCCGCGGGACGCUCCCUGGUCUGGAGCUCUGCUACUCCAUGACGCGGAGGUUCCUCGACGAGCAGAGGACUCUGGUCGGGCAGCUGGAGCCCGCCGCCGCCGCCGCGGCGCCCAUCCCGGACUGGAAGAUCUCUGGCCCUGGUGAUGAUCCUGACGAAGUGAAAGCUCGGCUCAAGUAUUGGGCACAGACAGUGGCAUGCACGGUCAAGCUCUGCACCUAGUGGAGGUCGGGACUAGGGAGUUCGCGAGUUCAUCCCAUGACAUGUGUGCUAAGAUGUACAGAACUGAAGGUGGCUGAAGCUGAAGAAUCUGCUUACAUGCAUGGUUCUAAGAUAUGUUACACCGAUGAGAUGCUACGGUUCCGUGCUAUCGGGAUAACAUAACAGAUUGGUGCUUUUCAAAAACUUCAGAGUGGGGAGAUGACUUAUGACACCGCAGAACAGCGAGAAAUCUCGAGGCGAUAUGCUGUCUGAGCUUCAAUGAAAGCAUCAGAAGCUUGUCAUUCGUCAUAGGUGUUCUAAACGUGCAAUUCGGUGACCAGCUGGUGUUUCUAAUCUUCCUUGUAAUGGUCACUAGGCGCUUCAACUGUGUUACUCCCUCCGUCCAAAAAUAAGUAACUCAAAAAUAACUCAACUUUGUAUUUAAUUUAAUAUAAAAUUAAGUCAUUUUUGAAUCACUUAUUUCGGAACGGAGGGAGUAUAUUGGUAGAUUGGCACAAGCAUGGCUUUAUUCUCAUGCUCCUUUUUAACUUUAUUUUGCUUUCAAAGAGCAGACACUCUAGGACGUUGAUGUACAUAUUUGUUGAUUUUCCUGUACUGCACUGCAAAGGUGCAGAAGCAGUUUGCCCUGAAAUAGAUUUCUUUGUCCAGCUUAA